AUGCUACGUGGCCUCAUUCUACUGCUUCUGUCGCCGUUGACUUUAGCCUUACAGCCGCGCGACUUUCGCGUGUCGUCUGUGGACUUUACAAAGCUCUCAAGUGCCGUAGAUAAUGCGCACAAUUAUAAACUGCUGACUAAUUUGCAAGAGAAUGGCAUCAUCGCAUUGAAGAAUGUCCCGCGUUAUUCGGUUUUACGUCAAGAAUAUCUCCGCAAUGCAGUAUCUUGUGCCGUGAAAGCCCAGAAACAAGACGCCGAGUUCUUACACCAUCGCCAAUUGAGAGACGGUACGAAACGGUACACGGUGAGUCUGGAAUCUGGUCAUGAGUUGAGCGAAGCUCUCGACAAAAGCCAACAACUACUGGAACUUUGCCCCGAGUACGUGGAAAUCCACGCUGCUUUCAGUGCUGUGGUGGAAUUGGCCGUUGCUAAUGUCGGAACUGCUCUGGAUUCGACCCAAAAAUUUCAUGUUGUGGCAGAGCAAGGGGCGAUUACAAUGACAGCGAGAAAAUUGCUCGAAGAUUCGGUGCAUUUGGACCAUUUUCAUGCCUAUGAAGCUGUCCAGGGACUCGAACGACAAGAGGAUGAUUCUAAGAUUGACGUUGCCGACAUGUCGCUGGAACUGCACACGGACAACGGACUCAUGAUUGCCAUGAGUGCACCGGAGUAUUUUAUCGAGUUAAAGAACGGAGAGGUGCAUCACAAGGACACGCAAAGUGAAGACGCCGGUCUGUUUAUUCAGACAUCAAGUGGAGAAAUUGUGCGUCCAGUGGUGAAUCCAGACGAGCUCAUUUUGAUGCUGGGAUCGGGUAUCGAUAAUUGGAUCAAAACGACUCCACCUCUUCGCUCAGUGUUGCAUGGUAUGCGUUAUCCACGAAGCGUUAGCCUACUUGACGGUGACGAGCAAGGUAACACACUGCUGCGGUCGUGGUUUGGCAAGAUGAUUCUGCUUGAGACACAGCAGGUGAUGGACAACACUGGUCUCACGUUCGGCCAGUACGCAAACCAGACUACUAGAUAUCUGGUACAAGAGGGAGUUGAAAACCAUGAGGCUUUUGGAGCUGUCGCUUGUCCACCUCAUCGGCAUUUGGCGGCGUCAGACAAAAGUUGCUCACUCAAAAUGUGCACAUUGAAAAGCUCGGCUUCGGAGUCGGAUCUUACGUCUUCGUGUCAGAUCACCUGUAACCACGCCUCGGCCAGUGAUGCAGCUUUGUGUGAGAAAUACUGCGACUGUGAAGCAUCGUCGAGCAGUGCGACUACCUGCUGGAUGCUGUGCGUGGAGAACGUUUCGUCAGAAGUGUGUCCAGGUGAGCAGGUGUGCAACACCGCUUCAACGAAAGACGAACUGGCCAUGACGUGUGUUGCUGGAACGGUCUCACCAUCAACCCCCUCGACCCCGACAGUGCUAACUCAAACAGGUGGGAAUACUAACCCAAGUAGCCCUCCGACAUCAGCUCCAAGCACUUCAAAUACUGUAAGCAUUUUAAGCACCUCAAGCACCCCAAGCACUUCGACUUCGAGCACCACAGCCCCAGCCUUAACCACUGGUACGCAGAACAAGCCAACCCUUAUCACUGCUCCGGCCACUGGUGCUCCGAGCACAGCUACUGCGCCAGCCAGUUCUGCUUUAACUGCAACGGACUCUAACUCUUUGUCGCCUGGUACGGAUGCAGGUACUGCUGAUUCGGGAACGAAAGUUGAAAACGAGCCCCCGGCUGCUGUAAGCACCACGAAUUCUUCCACUCCUGAUGAUGCUUUAACAAUUAGUGGGCCGUCCAAUCUUGAUGCUGUUGUAACAACCGCGGGUUCGCCCACUCCUGAUGCUGUUGUAAAAACCGCGGGUUCGUCUACACCUAACGUUGCUCCAACUACCACCAAUCCGUCCACUCCGGAUGCUGCUUUAGUAGCUGAUAAUUCUCCGUCAUCGAUGUAUUCUCCUUCGGCGCCGUCUUCUUCUCCGACACCGUCUUCAUCAUCCGCUUCAAGUGCGACUUCUAUUGCCAUCUAUGUGAACGGCAUCGCAAGUCUUGUGGCAGCUAUCUUGUGUAUCCAGUAA